GAGGAUUGCCACGUUCGGAGAUGAACGUUUGGCAGGCGCAGUCGAAUCCAUCGAAACUUCCGGGCCCGAUAGACUCUAAUUGGAACAAAUCUCUCAACCGAAUUUGGGAGACCAAAGAGUGCACAGGCGCAAUCAUCAACGGUGCUCCCGAUACGUACGUGAAACAAGGAAGACUCUGUGAAAACCGCUUUCUUUCGUUGCGCGAAGCGCGAGCAUCUGCGAGCAUCGCGUUCUGGCCUUUUUCGAACAGAACGAUGAAAUACAAUGCCGUCUAGGCGGUAUCACACUAGUACUUGUGUCAUCGCACAUCUAGCAUCUCGAGCAUCAGCGGAUAAUUUUGUAUCGCCUAGAAAAACUCCCAAGGUGUACUUCUCCUUGAGAGGGGGAUCGACGUGUACUUCCUCAGUCUCCUGAUAUUCCCUCCACAACAAGUUUCCAUCAGAGUCGUUCCUACGAACCGACGUGGCCCCGGUCCUGAAGUCCUCAGCACUGCGCGCGCUUGCGCCACACUAAGCGCUCAUCCUUCGCCCAAUUCCCGUCGCUCCGAUGUCGUCUUCUGCAAAUAAGUAUAUCGAGUCUUGCGGAGCGGCUUCGUCGCCCUCUCGACGGUAAGUGAAGGAGUGGACCAUUCUUCAAA